AUGGAGGGAGAGGCUAGGGGGAGGGACAGGCGGGGCGAGGAGGAGGCAGAGGCGAGGCGAGGAGGAAAGGGGGACGAGGCGAGGAGGAGGCGGAGGCCGAGGCGAGGCGGAGGCGGAGGCCGAGGCGAGGCGAGGCCGGAGGCCGAGACGGCGCGAGGCCGGAGGCCGAGGCGAGGCGGAGGCGGAGGCCGAGGCGAGGCGAGGCCGGAGGCCGAGACGGCGCGAGGCCGGAGGCAGAGACGGCGCGAGGCGGGGGCAGAGACGGGGCGAGGAGGGGGCAGAGACGAGGGGGAGACGAGGCGAGAAGCAGGGGGAGACGAGGCGAGAAGCAGGGGGAGACGAGGCGAGAAGCAGGGGGAGACGAGGCGAGAAGCAGGGGGAGACGAGGCGAGAAGCAGGGGGAGACGAGGCGAGAAGGAGGGGGAGACGAGGCGAGAAGGAGGCAGAGACGAGGCGAGAAGGAGGCAGAGACGAGGCGAGAAGGAGGCAGAGACGAGGCGAGAAGGAGGCAGAGACGAGGCGAGAAGGAGGCAGAGACGAGGCGAGAAGGAGGCAGAGACGAGGCGAGAAGGAGGCAGAGACGAGGCGAGAAGGAGGCAGAGACGAGGCGAGAAGGAGGCAGAGACGAGGCGAGAAGGAGGCGGAGACGAGGCGAGAAGGAGGCGGAGACGAGGCGAGAAGGAGGCGGAGACGAGGCGAGAAGGAGGCGGAGACGAGGCGAGAAGGAGGCGGAGACGAGGCGAGAAGGAGGCGGAGACGAGGCGAGAAGGAGGCGGAGACGAGGCGAGAAGGAGGCGGAGACGAGGCGAGAAGGAGGCGGAGACGAGGCGAGAAGGAGGCAGAGACGAGGCGAGAAGGAGGCAGAGACGAGGCGAGAAGGAGGCAGAGACGAGGCGAGAAGGAGGCAGAGACGAGGCGAGAAGGAGGCAGAGACGAGGCGAGAAGGAGGGACAGACGAGGCGAGAAGGAGGGACAGACGAGGCGAGAAGGAGGGACAGACGAGGCGAGAAGGAGGGACAGACGAGGCGGGAAGGAGGGACAGACGAGGCGGGAAGGAGGGACAGACGAGGCGGGAAGGAGGGACAGACGAGGCGGGAAGGAGGAAGAGAGGAGGCGGGAAGGAGGAAGAGAGGAGGCGGGAAGGAGGAAGAGCGGAGGCGGGAAGGAGGAAGAGCGGAGGCGGGAAGGAGGAAGAGAGGAGGCGGGAAGGAGGAAGAGAGGAGGCGGGAAGGAGGAAGAGAGGAGGCGGGAAGGAGGAAGAGAGGAGGCGGGAAGGAGGAAGAGAGUGGGCGAGAAGGAGGAAGAGAGUGGGCGAGAAGGAGGAAGAGAGUGGGCGAGAAGGAGGAAGAGAGUGGGCGAGAAGGAGGAAGAGAGUGGGCGAGAAGGAGGAAGAGAGUGGGCGAGAAGGAGGAAGAGAGUGGGCGAGAAGGAGGAAGAGAGUGGGCGAGAAGGAGGCAGAGACGAGGCGAGAAGGAGGCAGAGACGAGGCGAGAAGGAGGCAGAGACGAGGCGAGAAGGAGGCAGAGACGAGGCGAGAAGGAGGCAGAGACGAGGCGAGAAGGAGGCAGAGACGAGGCGAGAAGGAGGCAGAGACGAGGCGAGAAGGAGGCAGAGACGAGGCGAGAAGGAGGCAGAGACGAGGCGAGAAGGAGGCAGAGACGAGGCGAGAAGGAGGCAGAGACGAGGCGAGAAGGAGGCAGAGACGAGGCGAGAAGGAGGCAGAGACGAGGCGAGAAGGAGGCAGAGACGAGGCGAGAAGGAGGCAGAGACGAGGCGAGAAGGAGGCAGAGACGAGGCGAGAAGGAGGCAGAGACGAGGCGAGAAGGAGGCAGAGACGAGGCGAGAAGGAGGCAGAGACGAGGCGAGAAGGAGGCAGAGACGAGGCGAGAAGGAGGCAGAGACGAGGCGAGAAGGAGGCAGAGACGAGGCGAGAAGGAGGCAGAGACGAGGCGAGAAGGAGGCAGAGACGAGGCGAGAAGGAGGCAGAGACGAGGCGAGAAGGAGGCAGAGACGAGGCGAGAAGGAGGCAGAGACGAGGCGAGAAGGAGGCAGAGACGAGGCGAGAAGGAGGCAGAGACGAGGCGAGAAGGAGGCAGAGACGAGGCGAGAAGGAGGCAGAGACGAGGCGAGAAGGAGGCAGAGACGAGGCGAGAAGGAGGCAGAGACGAGGCGAGAAGGAGGCAGAGACGAGGCGAGAAGGAGGCAGAGACGAGGCGAGAAGGAGGCAGAGACGAGGCGAGAAGGAGGCAGAGACGAGGCGAGAAGGAGGCAGAGACGAGGCGAGAAGGAGGCAGAGACGAGGCGAGAAGGAGGCAGAGACGAGGCGAGAAGGAGGCAGAGACGAGGCGAGAAGGAGGGACAGACGAGGCGAGAAGGAGGGACAGACGAGGCGAGAAGGAGGGACAGACGAGGCGAGAAGGAGGCAGAGACGAGGCGAGAAGGAGGGACAGACGAGGCGAGAAGGAGGCAGAGACGAGGCGAGAAGGAGGCAGAGACGAGGCGAGAAGGAGGCAGAGACGAGGCGAGAAGGAGGCAGAGACGAGGCGAGAAGGAGGCAGAGACGAGGCGAGAAGGAGGCAGAGACGAGGCGAGAAGGAGGCAGAGACGAGGCGAGAAGGAGGCAGAGACGAGGCGAGAAGGAGGCAGAGACGAGGCGAGAAGGAGGCAGAGACGAGGCGAGAAGGAGGCAGAGACGAGGCGAGAAGGAGGCAGAGACGAGGCGAGAAGGAGGCAGAGACGAGGCGAGAAGGAGGCAGAGACGAGGCGAGAAGGAGGCGGAGACGAGGCGAGAAGGAGGCGGAGACGAGGCGAGAAGGAGGCGGAGACGAGGCGAGAAGGAGGCGGAGACGAGGCGAGAAGGAGGCGGAGACGAGGCGAGAAGGAGGCGGAGACGAGGCGAGAAGGAGGCGGAGACGAGGCGAGAAGGAGGCAGAGACGAGGCGAGAAGGAGGCAGAGACGAGGCGAGAAGGAGGCAGAGACGAGGCGAGAAGGAGGCAGAGACGAGGCGAGAAGGAGGCAGAGACGAGGCGAGAAGGAGGCAGAGACGAGGCGAGAAGGAGGCAGAGACGAGGCGAGAAGGAGGCAGAGACGAGGCGAGAAGGAGGCAGAGACGAGGCGAGAAGGAGGGACAGACGAGGCGAGAAGGAGGGACAGACGAGGCGGGAAGGAGGGACAGACGAGGCGGGAAGGAGGGACAGACGAGGCGGGAAGGAGGGACAGACGAGGCGGGAAGGAGGGACAGACGAGGCGGGAAGGAGGGACAGACGAGGCGGGAAGGAGGGACAGACGAGGCGGGAAGGAGGGACAGACGAGGCGGGAAGGAGGAAGAGAGGAGGCGGGAAGGAGGAAGAGAGGAGGCGGGAAGGAGGAAGAGCGGAGGCGGGAAGGAGGAAGAGAGGAGGCGGGAAGGAGGAAGAGAGGAGGCGGGAAGGAGGAAGAGAGGAGGCGGGAAGGAGGAAGAGAGGAGGCGGGAAGGAGGAAGAGAGGAGGCGGGAAGGAGGAAGAGAGUGGGCGAGAAGGAGGAAGAGAGUGGGCGAGAAGGAGGAAGAGAGUGGGCGAGAAGGAGGAAGAGAGUGGGCGAGAAGGAGGAAGAGAGUGGGCGAGAAGGAGGAAGAGAGUGGGCGAGAAGGAGGAAGAGAGUGGGCGAGAAGGAGGCAGAGACGAGGCGAGAAGGAGGCAGAGACGAGGCGAGAAGGAGGCAGAGACGAGGCGAGAAGGAGGCAGAGACGAGGCGAGAAGGAGGCAGAGACGAGGCGAGAAGGAGGCAGAGACGAGGCGAGAAGGAGGCAGAGACGAGGCGAGAAGGAGGCAGAGACGAGGCGAGAAGGAGGCAGAGACGAGGCGAGAAGGAGGCAGAGACGAGGCGAGAAGGAGGCAGAGACGAGGCGAGAAGGAGGCAGAGACGAGGCGAGAAGGAGGCAGAGACGAGGCGAGAAGGAGGCAGAGACGAGGCGAGAAGGAGGCAGAGACGAGGCGAGAAGGAGGCAGAGACGAGGCGAGAAGGAGGCAGAGACGAGGCGAGAAGGAGGCAGAGACGAGGCGAGAAGGAGGCAGAGACGAGGCGAGAAGGAGGCAGAGACGAGGCGAGAAGGAGGCAGAGACGAGGCGAGAAGGAGGCAGAGACGAGGCGAGAAGGAGGCAGAGACGAGGCGAGAAGGAGGCAGAGACGAGGCGAGAAGGAGGCAGAGACGAGGCGAGAAGGAGGCAGAGACGAGGCGAGAAGGAGGCAGAGACGAGGCGAGAAGGAGGGACAGACGAGGCGAGAAGGAGGGACAGACGAGGCGGGAAGGAGGGACAGACGAGGCGGGAAGGAGGGACAGACGAGGCGGGAAGGAGGGACAGACGAGGCGGGAAGGAGGGACAGACGAGGCGGGAAGGAGGGACAGACGAGGCGGGAAGGAGGGACAGACGAGGCGGGAAGGAGGGACAGACGAGGCGGGAAGGAGGAAGAGAGGAGGCGGGAAGGAGGAAGAGAGGAGGCGGGAAGGAGGAAGAGCGGAGGCGGGAAGGAGGAAGAGAGGAGGCGGGAAGGAGGAAGAGAGGAGGCGGGAAGGAGGAAGAGAGGAGGCGGGAAGGAGGAAGAGAGGAGGCGGGAAGGAGGAAGAGAGGAGGCGGGAAGGAGGAAGAGAGUGGGCGAGAAGGAGGAAGAGAGUGGGCGAGAAGGAGGAAGAGAGUGGGCGAGAAGGAGGAAGAGAGUGGGCGAGAAGGAGGAAGAGAGUGGGCGAGAAGGAGGAAGAGAGUGGGCGAGAAGGAGGCAGAGACGAGGCGAGAAGGAGGCAGAGACGAGGCGAGAAGGAGGCAGAGACGAGGCGAGAAGGAGGCAGAGACGAGGCGAGAAGGAGGCAGAGACGAGGCGAGAAGGAGGCAGAGACGAGGCGAGAAGGAGGCAGAGACGAGGCGAGAAGGAGGCAGAGACGAGGCGAGAAGGAGGGACAGACGAGGCGAGAAGGAGGGACAGACGAGGCGAGAAGGAGGGACAGACGAGGCGAGAAGGAGGCAGAGACGAGGCGAGAAGGAGGGACAGACGAGGCGAGAAGGAGGGACAGACGAGGCGAGAAGGAGGGACAGACGAGGCGAGAAGGAGGGACAGACGAGGCGAGAAGGAGGCAGAGACGAGGCGAGAAGGAGGCAGAGACGAGGCGAGAAGGAGGCAGAGACGAGGCGAGAAGGAGGCAGAGACGAGGCGAGAAGGAGGCAGAGACGAGGCGAGAAGGAGGCAGAGACGAGGCGAGAAGGAGGCAGAGACGAGGCGAGAAGGAGGCAGAGACGAGGCGAGAAGGAGGCAGAGACGAGGCGAGAAGGAGGCAGAGACGAGGCGAGAAGGAGGCAGAGACGAGGCGAGAAGGAGGCAGAGACGAGGCGAGAAGGAGGCAGAGACGAGGCGAGAAGGAGGCAGAGACGAGGCGAGAAGGAGGCAGAGACGAGGCGAGAAGGAGGCAGAGACGAGGCGAGAAGGAGGCAGAGACGAGGCGAGAAGGAGGCAGAGACGAGGCGAGAAGGAGGCAGAGACGAGGCGAGAAGGAGGCAGAGACGAGGCGAGAAGGAGGCAGAGACGAGGCGAGAAGGAGGCAGAGACGAGGCGAGAAGGAGGCAGAGACGAGGCGAGAAGGAGGCAGAGACGAGGCGAGAAGGAGGCAGAGACGAGGCGAGAAGGAGGCAGAGACGAGGCGAGAAGGAGGCAGAGACGAGGCGAGAAGGAGGCAGAGACGAGGCGAGAAGGAGGCAGAGACGAGGCGAGAAGGAGGCAGAGACGAGGCGAGAAGGAGGCAGAGACGAGGCGAGAAGGAGGCAGAGACGAGGCGAGAAGGAGGCAGAGACGAGGCGAGAAGGAGGCAGAGACGAGGCGAGAAGGAGGCGGAGACGAGGCGAGAAGGAGGCGGAGACGAGGCGAGAAGGAGGCGGAGACGAGGCGAGAAGGAGGCGGAGACGAGGCGAGAAGGAGGCGGAGACGAGGCGAGAAGGAGGCAGAGACGAGGCGAGAAGGAGGCAGAGACGAGGCGAGAAGGAGGCAGAGACGAGGCGAGAAGGAGGCAGAGACGAGGCGAGAAGGAGGCAGAGACGAGGCGAGAAGGAGGCAGAGACGAGGCGAGAAGGAGGCAGAGACGAGGCGAGAAGGAGGCAGAGACGAGGCGAGAAGGAGGCAGAGACGAGGCGAGAAGGAGGCAGAGACGAGGCGAGAAGGAGGCAGAGACGAGGCGAGAAGGAGGCAGAGACGAGGCGAGAAGGAGGCAGAGACGAGGCGAGAAGGAGGGACAGACGAGGCGAGAAGGAGGGACAGACGAGGCGAGAAGGAGGGACAGACGAGGCGAGAAGGAGGGACAGACGAGGCGAGAAGGAGGGACAGACGAGGCGUGAAGGAGGGACAGACGAGGCGGGAAGGAGGGACAGACGAGGCGGGAAGGAGGGACAGACGAGGCGGGAAGGAGGGACAGACGAGGCGGGAAGGAGGAAGAGAGGAGGCGGGAAGGAGGAAGAGAGGAGGCGGGAAGGAGGAAGAGCGGAGGCGGGAAGGAGGAAGAGAGGAGGCGGGAAGGAGGAAGAGAGGAGGCGGGAAGGAGGAAGAGAGGAGGCGGGAAGGAGGAAGAGAGUGGGCGAGAAGGAGGAAGAGAGUGGGCGAGAAGGAGGAAGAGAGUGGGCGAGAAGGAGGAAGAGAGUGGGCGAGAAGGAGGAAGAGAGUGGGCGAGAAGGAGGAAGAGAGUGGGCGAGAAGGAGGAAGAGAGUGGGCGAGAAGGAGGCAGAGACGAGGCGAGAAGGAGGCAGAGACGAGGCGAGAAGGAGGCAGAGACGAGGCGAGAAGGAGGCAGAGACGAGGCGAGAAGGAGGCAGAGACGAGGCGAGAAGGAGGCAGAGACGAGGCGAGAAGGAGGCAGAGACGAGGCGAGAAGGAGGCAGAGACGAGGCGAGAAGGAGGCAGAGACGAGGCGAGAAGGAGGCAGAGACGAGGCGAGAAGGAGGCAGAGACGAGGCGAGAAGGAGGCAGAGACGAGGCGAGAAGGAGGCAGAGACGAGGCGAGAAGGAGGCAGAGACGAGGCGAGAAGGAGGCAGAGACGAGGCGAGAAGGAGGCAGAGACGAGGCGAGAAGGAGGCAGAGACGAGGCGAGAAGGAGGCAGAGACGAGGCGAGAAGGAGGCAGAGACGAGGCGAGAAGGAGGCAGAGACGAGGCGAGAAGGAGGCAGAGACGAGGCGAGAAGGAGGCAGAGACGAGGCGAGAAGGAGGCAGAGACGAGGCGAGAAGGAGGCAGAGACGAGGCGAGAAGGAGGCAGAGACGAGGCGAGAAGGAGGCAGAGACGAGGCGAGAAGGAGGCAGAGACGAGGCGAGAAGGAGGCAGAGACGAGGCGAGAAGGAGGCAGAGACGAGGCGAGAAGGAGGCAGAGACGAGGCGAGAAGGAGGCAGAGACGAGGCGAGAAGGAGGCAGAGACGAGGCGAGAAGGAGGCAGAGACGAGGCGAGAAGGAGGCAGAGACGAGGCGAGAAGGAGGCAGAGACGAGGCGAGAAGGAGGGACAGACGAGGCGAGAAGGAGGGACAGACGAGGCGAGAAGGAGGCAGAGACGAGGCGAGAAGGAGGGACAGACGAGGCGAGAAGGAGGGACAGACGAGGCGAGAAGGAGGGACAGACGAGGCGAGAAGGAGGGACAGACGAGGCGGGAAGGAGGGACAGACGAGGCGGGAAGGAGGAAGAGAGGAGGCGGGAAGGAGGAAGAGAGGAGGCGGGAAGGAGGAAGAGAGGAGGCGGGAAGGAGGAAGAGCGGAGGCGGGAAGGAGGAAGAGAGGAGGCGGGAAGGAGGAAGAGAGUGGGCGAGAAGGAGGAAGAGAGGAGGCGGGAAGGAGGAAGAGAGGAGGCGGGAAGGAGGAAGAGAGUGGGCGAGAAGGAGGAAGAGAGUGGGCGAGAAGGAGGAAGAGAGUGGGCGAGAAGGAGGAAGAGAGUGGGCGAGAAGGAGGAAGAGAGUGGGCGAGAAGGAGGAAGAGAGUGGGCGAGAAGGAGGAAGAGAGUGGGCGAGAAGGAGGAAGAGAGUGGGCGAGAAGGAGGAAGAGAGUGGGCGAGAAGGAGGAAGAGAGUGGGCGAGAAGGAGGAAGAGAGUGGGCGAGAAGGAGGAAGAGAGUGGGCGAGAAGGAGGAAGAGAGUGGGCGAGAAGGAGGAAGAGAGUGGGCGAGAAGGAGGAAGAGAGUGGGCGAGAAGGAGGAAGAGAGUGGGCGAGAAGGAGGAAGAGAGUGGGCGAGAAGGAGGAAGAGAGUGGGCGAGAAGGAGGAAGAGAGUGGGCGAGAAGGAGGAAGAGAGUGGGCGAGAAGGAGGAAGAGAGUGGGCGAGAAGGAGGAAGAGAGUGGGCGAGAAGGAGGAAGAGAGUGGGCGAGAAGGAGGAAGAGAGUGGGCGAGAAGGAGGAAGAGAGUGGGCGAGAAGGAGGAAGAGAGUGGGCGAGAAGGAGGAAGAGAGUGGGCGAGAAGGAGGAAGAGAGUGGGCGAGAAGGAGGAAGAGAGUACUUGGGGGCCGGAUCAUCCAUGA